GCCACUCGCAACUAUCCAAAAGCCAAGAUUGUUCAUUGCAGCAAGAGCAAGUGAAAUUUUUGCAGAAGAGUUUUUUCUUUCCAUUAAUAUAUUGUUAAAUAAGCUCUUUUGCUUCUAAAAACUCCUGAAUCCGUCAUACCAUUUAUGAAGUGUAUGGAUCUAUGUCUUUAAAGGAGAAAGUCGAACAGGUUUUAUUCCAUGAAAAGAUUGGAUUCGUAUUCCUCUGUCUGCUAUGGUAUCUGUGUAGUGCGGUAACAAAUACAAGUUCAAAAAGCAUUUUCAACAAUGUUUCAUGUCCUGUCACAUUAACUUUUCUGCAAUUCGGUUUCGUUGCUUUUUUUAGCGCAGUUUGUCUCCUCAUUCGGCAAUUUUUUGGCAAUGGCAAUGGAAUUCAAAGGCCUUCAAAAUUAGUACUCUCGACAACGCUACCAUUGAGCGUUUUUCAGAUUGGAGGACACGUCUUUGGCAGUUUAGCAACAACAAAGAUUCCAGUUUCUACGGUGCAUACUGUCAAGGCUCUUUCUCCUCUUUUCACAGUUUUGGCAUAUCGAUUUCUCUUUCAGCAUGCAUAUUCCUUAACGGCCUAUUUUUCUCUUGUUCCGCUUACUCUAGGCGUAACUCUGGCCUGUUCCUUUGAGCUUUCUGUAGACUUGUGCGGAUUGUUUUACGCUCUGAUUUCUACUUUUAUUUUUGUUUCUCAAAAUAUUUUUGGUAAGAAAAUCUUCACGGAAGCAAAAAAGCAUGGCAAUCUUUCUAGAAAGAGCCACUACAACAAACUGAAUCUUUUGCUCUACUCAUCCGGUAUGGCAUUUAUCGUGAUGAUUCCGGUUUGGCUUCAUCAAGAAGGAUUCGAGUACCUUCCAGUUGUUGGAUCGCCUAUCUUCUUCAAUAUCAUUCAUAACGGAUUGUCCCAUUUUUUCCAAAACAUUCUUGCCUUUACGCUUUUAAGUAUCAUUUCACCGGUUGCCUACUCCAUCGCCAGUCUUAUUAAGCGUAUUUUUGUAAUUGUCGUUUCUAUUUUGUGGUUUCGGCAGCCCACGAGCUUUACUCAAGCCAUGGGUAUCGCUUUGACAGCGGUCGGUCUGUAUUUGUAUGAUCGAAGCAAAAAGGUAUCGCCUCAAGAUACUAAAAAAGCAAAAGUGUUCGAAGAAAAGGCACUUGACUUGGAGUCUCAACCCUCUAGCAGAGUUUCUACUGACGUCUUCAGUGGUACAAGCUCUCCUUUGUCGGAAAAGAAUUUGUCACACAGGUUCCCUCGCCUCGACAGUGUCGUCCCUCUGAUUUCCAAUUCUCCUUUGACUCCUACCUCUGUAUUCUCCAAGGAACCUAAUUCCGCACCCAUCCAAUUCUCCUCCCGUAAUUUCCCUAUGGAGCUUAGUCGAUGUGAAAAUUCCUCUCAUCAAGACGACUCGCAUAUUACCAAGUUACCUAGCUAUUCACCUCAAUCAGGUGUAUUUAAAGCUCCUCGUCCGGAGCGUCCUUGGACCACAGAGUCAUUACCUGCUCUGAAAAUUUAACAUUUGCAUGCAUUAGAAUGGAUAAGAAGUGUGAACCCCAUCUACUUUGACCAUUUCACCAAUAGAUGUACACUGUAUCUGUGUAUAACAAAACAAAAAAGUUAUUCAUGAAUAACUAGCUCCGUGGAGCCAAAAAGAAAAAGUGAUACGAUUUGAACUGUCUUUGUACUGAAUGUGUUUUAUUUUUCUUUCUGGGUCUUUGUUCAAACCCAGUAACGCUAUGGAGAAGAAGGUCUGUUCAAUGAUCAUACAUCGAAAGAGCGUGUAGAAAGAAAGGAAAAUAAAAAAAGAAAAAGAAAAAUUAUUAAAAAAAAGAAGAGAGAAAGGAGCAGAAAUGAUCUUUUUUUUUUUUCUAUUAAUUCAUUUACUUUUGCUUCUCUUCAGAACUGCUUUGGUUUUUUAUUUAUUUGUUUCAUGUUCCCGUUUCCAUCUUUGUUAGUUGUGUUUUCUUUGCUGCGUCUUUCUUUAAGAUGACUCUCUUUUCUUUCUUCGUCUAUAACAUUGUGUCUCGAUUCGAUUUCCUCGAAAGCAAGUCCGUCGCUUUCCAACUUUUAAUGAAAUCACCUUCAGUGAAUCGAUGGAAGAAGCUCUAGGUAUCGACGAAGAUUUUAUGUCAAAUUUUAGCAUUAUAGAAAAGAGAAAUCCCAAUUUAUUAAUUUGCAACCUUCAUCAUCCAA